CUAGGAUUGCAGCUAAGUAUGAAGGUGUUAUCAGUGCUAAUCCAAUGUGGAAUAUUGCAAACUUGAAAGCACACAUCAGGGAAGACAUGUUUGCAGAAGUUAGUACUUCUCAGGUGAAGAGAGCUAAAGGGAAUGGUGAUAAAGAAAAUGUUUGAUGCAACUAAGGAACAAUACACUAGGAUAUUUGACUAUCAAGAAGAGUUGCUUAGGAGCAAUCCUGGUAGCACUGUUGUGGUUAAGCUUGAUCCAGCUUGUGCAAUUCCAACCUUUCAAAGAAUUUAUGUGUGUUUGAAUGCUUUAAAGCAAGGUUUCAUGUCAGGCUAUAGAAAAGUCAUUGGUUUGGAUGGGUGCUUCUUCAAAGGAGCAACAAAUGGAGAGUUGUUAUGUGCUUUGGGAAGAGAUGCAAAUAGCCAAAUGUAUCCAAUUGCUUGGGCCGUGGUUGAGAAAGAAAACAAUGAUUCUUGGGACUGGUUUUGCUCAUUACUCUUCAAAGAUGUCAAUGUAUAUGAUGGUGAAGGCUGGGUAAUAAUUUCAGACCAACAAAAAGGUAUCAUCACAGCUAUACAGAAUUGGGCCCCUCAUGCAGAACAUAGAAAUUGUGCAAGACAUGUGUAUGCCAAUUGGAGAAAAGAAUUCAGAGUGAAAGAGUGGCAGAAACUUUUCUGGAAUUGUGCAAAGGCUUCUUCUGUGAGCCUUUUCAACUUGGCAAGGGCAAAGUUAGCAAGAGAGACCGUCGAAGGUGCAAGGGCAGUAACCAGGUUAGAUCCCAAGCACUGGUCAAGGGCAUGGUUCAGGUUAGGAUCUAAUUGUGACUCUGUUGAUAACAAUAUUUGUGAAAGUUUCAACAAAUGGAUCGUAGAUGCAAGAUUUUUGCCUAUUAUUUCAAUGCUUGAGGCAAUUAGACGAAAGGUUAUGGUUAGGAUUCAAGAAAUGAUUGAAAAAUGUGAGAAAUGGACAUUAGAAAUUGUGUGUCCUACUAUAAAUAAGAAGAUGAACAAGUACAUAGAUUGGUCUGGGACUUGUCAUCCUAUCAGCAAUGGAAAUAAUGUGUUUGAGGUCACCCAAAGGAAACAUUACAGAUUUGGUGUUGAUCUAAAUAGAAAUAACUGCACUUGUGGUUAUUGGCAAGUAUCUGGUAUGCCUUGUGCACAUGCAAUUGCAACAAUACACACCAUUACUAGUGACUUGACAAGUUACAUUGCUAGUUGUUUUUAUGUUGAGGCAUUCAAAAGAACAUAUGCACAUUGUCUGCAAUCUGUUAAUGGCGUGGAUUGUUGGCCAAUAUCACCACGGACUAGACCUGCGGCUCCUGGUUAUGUCAAGAUGCCUGGUAGGCCAAAGACUGAGAGAAGAAAGGAGGAAACUGAGAAAAAAGUGUCGAAGACCAGAUUGCCAAAGACUGGGACACUCAUUAGGUGUGGUAAAUGCAAAGGAGUUGGUCACAACAGAACAACAUGUCAUAGACAGCCAGGUGGGCAACAGAGUGGACAACAAAGUAGACAACAAACUGAACAACAGAGUGGACAACAAAGUAGAGAACAGAGUUCACACAGGGAAAAUGUUGUGCCUUCUCAACAAAGCACCAAUGAUGCAGCCACAUCUAGAGGGACAAAGAGACCAGUACCCAUGUCCAAGCCUCCUAGGCCUGCUGUCCAAGGGAAAGGGAAGAAUAUUCAGAAGAACAAGUCCUCCUCGAAGGCUGCAAUGAAAGGUGUCACUGUCAAUGUGAGUUCUAGCUCAGUUGUCACUGUUAAUGUGAAAUCAGGAAAUGCUAAUUCACAGUUCAAGGCACCUGGAAGGGACACAAAAAGGCAAAGGAAGUUACCUACAAGACUGCUGGACUGAGUGUUGUGCUACUAAGGCCUAUUUAUAGUUUGUUUGUGUGGAACUAUGUAUGUUGUUAUGUCUAUGGUGAGACCUAUCUAAUUUGUUUGUGUGGAACUAUGUGUGCUCUAAUGUGUGUGCUAUGAACC